UGUACUGUAUGUACAUACACUAAUUAGUGUAAUUUGUAUGUUCGCGCGUGUGCAAACCGCACGCCCGCACCCCCCUCCCCCCCUUGUCACCCUGGAUCCCCCCGGCCGCCGGCCAUGGUCCACCGUCCUCUGUUCGGCUCUCACCAUGUCGAGUGACCUGCAAGGGCGAAGUGGCAUGGCAUGUCCGGGCCCACGUUGUUGCUAUGCCUAUAUCAAUAACUGCUAACCCCUUCUCCCUUAUUCUCGCAUCUUCCUUUUGCCUCAUCUUCAACCUUGCUGUCCUCCUUUCUUCGUCUUGUUCUUUGUGCGGCCAACUGAGGCAAAGUCAUUCGUUUCUUUGCCCUGUUCUCUUCUUUCUUCGCACUUGAUUGUUCAUACUCUCGUUGGCGAGAAGGCCACGGCCAUAUCAGGCCCUUUUUUUUCUUGAAGCAACGUAGCCCCCGUCUAUCGUUCAUCUUCACGUCAGUCCAGAGCAGCAGCAGCAGCAGCAGCAGCAACACUUCUACGACAUGAAGACAUUUGUCCCUUUCGUGGCCCUCGCCGCUGGCGUGUCGGCUACUUUCAUCCAUGCCCCUCCCUUCACCUGCCCGGCCAACACGGACAACCAAUGCACCGACAAGCAGAAGCCCGGGUUCAGCUGGGAUGAUUUGGAUUUUGGUGACUUUUUCGACUAUGGCGGCUUCCACUUCCGCGGCUGGAAGUGCGAGGAUGCCAGCGAGAAGAGGGGCCGCUUCGCUCCUCGCACCUUCAAGAAGGCCAUCGGCGGCACAUGCCACUCGGACAAGAGCCAGUCGCCCUCGUUCGGAUGCGGCCCCAACGUCGACAAGUUCUCUCUAGGCUCCAUCCACGUCAAGCCCGAGUUCGACUGCGACCUCGAGUUCCACUACGACAUGCCUGACGGUUCCAUCUGCAAGCACCGCAGCCCCUGCAGCAAGUCGGGUACCACCGUCCACAACACCCAGUGCGGUGGUGCCAAGAACGUCACCAUCGUCUACCCCCCGCAGCCGAACAAGCCGAAGCCCAGCUGCAGCAUCCAGGUGCCCACCAUCUCCUUCGACUGCAGCACCGCUUCCAGCACCCAGCCUCCCAAGACGAAGACGAAGACGACCGAGACUCCCGGCACUUCCACUCCUCCCGCCGACGCCACUACUACUACUACUACCUCUGAGGUCGAGGCUUCGUCUACCUCCACCGCCGAGACUGGCGCCCCCCCGGCCCAGACGAGCACUGAGGUUGUUCCGGGAAGCAGCACCACCGUCUCCGUCCCCGAGGUCACCAGCACAAGCAGUGUUUCCCCCGGCGAGGAGACGGGCAGCAGCAGCAGCAUCGUCAACCCCCCGGCGAGCGAGAGCUCUGAUAGCAGCAUCGUCAUCGUGCCUCCCGUGACCAAGACCAUCACGACCAGCUUCGACAGCACGUCGACCAUCUUCACCACCUCCAUCCAGACCAUCACGUCGUGCGCGCCUGAGAAGUCCGCGGAGUGCCCGGCCAACUCGGUCUCCACUACGGUCGUCACCAUUGCCAUCUCGACCACCGUCUGCCCCGUCACCGAGACUCGCACCACCGUCGAGAGCCAGCCUACCGUCAGCGGCGUUGCUCCCACCGGCUCGGCUCCCUCGGCUCCCUCGGGCGUCCCGUCUGACUCCACCCCUGGCUCCCCGUCGGGCGUCGUCCCCUCGGGCGUUACCUCGGCGGUUCCCGGUGCCGGCACCACGUCCACCCGUGUGUCUGGCGGCGGCGACAGCAGCAGCAGCAGCAGCAGCGCGGUCAGCAGCGCGGUCAGCUCCGUCUCGCCCGUCGAGACCCUCCCCUGCCCGGCCAUCGUCCCGUCCUGCCUGAACACGUUCCUCUUCAGCGUCGGCUGCUCCGACAACACCGAUGCCGCCUGCUACUGCCCGGAUGCCACCUUCGUCAAGAACGUGUACGACUGCCUCUACGCCCACGGCGAGAGCGACGCCAUCAUCGCCGAGGCCAUCGCCUACUUCCAGGGCAUCUGCGGCAACUGGGCCGGCCAGAACCCGGCCAUCGCGACCGGCGCCACCAUCACCACCUACAUCACCGUGACGGCCACGCCCACCGUCGCGCCCGUCUACACCACCGUCACCGUCGACGUCACCACCGUCGUCCCCUGCACCAACGACGCCGGCGAGGUCAUCCCGAGCUCCAGCACCACCGUCACCGUCAGCACCAGCCUGACGGUGCCCCAGGUCGGCUUCACCUCGGGCUCGUCCGACGUCGACGUCAUCCCCGUCACCUCCGCCCCGCCUGCCGUCACCACCUCCGCCCUGCCUGCCGGUGACUCGGGCUCCAGCAGCCCCGCCGGCCCCGGCGCCGUCGUCACCGCCAACGGCACCUUCACCGGCAUCACCACCCCGAGCUUCACCAGCUCGCCCCGCCCCACCGACAGCACCGUCGUCGUCGCUGGCAGCGGCCGCGUCACCGCCAGCUUCGGCCUGGCUGCCGCCCUUGCUUUCUUCGCCCUUGCUCUCUAAAGAGGCGCGAAAAAAAACAAACAGCAAGAUGGAAAGGGGGAAAGGGGGCCAGCGGACAUGUAUAUAGGCAUGUGAGGGGGAAAACAAUGGGAAGAACACAAGGGUGGAAGGAGAGGCAAGACCCUGAUUUUUACCAGGUUGGGGGAGGCCUGCUUCCCUCCGCUGUGUAAGAGAGCUUGUAUUUUUAGGUGUUGAUACGGCUGGCGUGUAUGUAUGUACAUACACACCAAACUGUAGAUAAUAGUUAAUACCCUUCCCCUUUCCCCUAAAAAGGUACCCAAACUCAAUGACCCAACUGUACGUACCAUGUGACCAACGCUAUGAAUCCAGUACAGCUAUAUGGGAA